CGGCGGGGGCGCAGGAUGGGCGCGCGUGGCGCCGCGAGCCCGCCGCGAGGCCCCGGGCCGCUCCUCCCCGCCAUCCUCCCGCUGGGGCUGCUGCUGCUGCUGCCGCUGCCGCCGGGCUCGGGCGCCGGAGCCGGCCGGCCGCCCCACCUCGUCUUCGUGCUGGCGGACGACCUGGGCUGGAACGACGUGGGCUUCCACGGCUCGGCCAUCCGCACGCCGCGCCUGGACGCGCUGGCGGCUGGCGGGGUGCUGCUGGACAACUACUACACGCAGCCGCUGUGCACGCCCUCGCGGAGCCAGCUGCUCACCGGCCGCUACCAGAUCCACACAGGUUUACAGCAUCAAAUAAUCUGGCCCUGUCAGCCCAGCUGCAUUCCUUUGGAUGAAAAACUCCUGCCCCAGCUUCUAAAAGAAGCAGGCUACGCUACCCACAUGGUUGGAAAAUGGCACCUGGGAAUGUACCGGAAAGAAUGUCUUCCAACGCGCCGAGGAUUUGAUACCUACUUUGGAUAUCUUCUAGGUAGUGAAGAUUACUACUCCCAUGAGCGCUGUACCUUAAUUGACGCUCUGAAUGUCACACGAUGUGCUCUUGAUUUUCGAGAUGGUGAAGAAGUUGCAACAGGAUAUAAAAAUAUGUAUUCAACAAAUGUAUUUACUGAAAGGGCUACAACCCUCAUAACCAACCACCCACCAGAGAAGCCUCUGUUUCUCUACCUUGCUCUCCAGUCUGUCCAUGAGCCCCUUCAGGUCCCCGAGGAAUACCUGAAGCCCUAUGACUUCAUCCGAGAUAAGAACAGGCACCACUAUGCAGGCAUGGCAUCCCUUAUGGAUGAAGCAGUGGGAAAUGUCACUGCGGCCUUGGAAAGCCGCGGGCUGUGGAACAACACGGUGUUCAUCUUCUCCACAGAUAACGGCGGACAGACCUUGGCGGGGGGCAACAACUGGCCCCUCCGAGGAAGAAAGUGGAGCCUGUGGGAGGGAGGCGUGCGAGCGGUGGGCUUUGUGGCCAGCCCCUUGCUGAAGCGGAAGGGCGUGAAGACCCGGGAGCUCAUCCACAUUUCUGACUGGCUGCCCACCUUGGUGAAGCUGGCCGGGGGCAGCAUAGCUGGCACCAAGCCUCUGGAUGGCUUCGAUGUGUGGACAACCAUCAGUGAAGGAAGCCCAUCCCCCAGAAUGGAACUGCUGCACAAUAUCGACCCAAACUUUGUAGAUAUUUCACCAUGUCCUGGGAACAGCAUGGCUCCAGCCAAGGAUGAUUCUUCCCGUCUGGAAUAUUCAGCCUUCAACACAUCUAUCCACGCUGCCAUUAGACACCAGAACUGGAAACUGCUCACAGGCUACCCAGGCUGUGGUCACUGGUUUCCCCCACCAUCUCAGUAUAAUAUUUCUGUGAUACCCUCAUCGGACCCACCAGCCAAGACCCUCUGGCUCUUUGACAUUGACCGGGACCCCGAAGAAAGGCAUGACCUGUCAAGAGAAUAUCCCCACAUCGUCAAGAAACUCCUUUCCCGUCUGCAGUUCUACCAGAAACACUCAGUGCCUGUCUACUUCCCGGCACAAGACCCCCGUUGCGAUCCCAAGGCCACUGGGGCCUGGGGCCCUUGGAUGUAGGAUUUUAGGCAGCCUGGAGAGCAGCUUGAAAGCCUCUCUGCAAGUUGGACUCCAGGCCUUUACUUGUGUGAUUCUUGUCUUGUUUGUUCUCCCAGCCUGGGUUCCCCUGGCCCUGCUCUUGCUCCUAAACCACAUUGAGUUGUCUAAUUUCAACCCCUGGUGCAAUUGAGGUGCUGAUAAAAUCUGAACACUGAUGCUGUUGGCUGGGGUAUGUGUCCAGAGGAGAGGGUGACUGGGUUCACCCUCCCUUUCCUGAGCUGCAGGAUUGCUGGGAACUUGACUUAAAAGAGGAAGUUACUGAGUCUUGGAGGCUGGAGCAGCUGGUUCUUUUUGCCUCACAAGUCAAAUGUUAGAUUUCCCUCUGCAAUAGCCGGGUUUUAUUGGAGUGACUCACGUUUCUUGUAACAAAUGAAAGGGUUAGACAGUCGUUAAUGGUUCUGUUGGCCACGGGUUCUCCUGCCUGUAAGAGAUCCUGUUGAGGCAUCCCCUGUGAAUCACCCGCCUUGGUUCACCCCUCGCUCACGCAUCUCAUCACUCACCUCAUCACUCAUCCUGUCACAGAGCAUAAGUCUUGUUUCAUUAUUAACAUGAGUUUGGCAAUAUGCCUGCUUCUUAGUUUUGGGCUUUACGGUUAAGGAAUGUGUUUUUAUCCCCCGGUUUUUCCCAACCGUUGCUCAUCUUGUCUGGACUGCCAGCUACCCCCACGCCCUUUGGGGUUCUUUUUCUGCCUUUCCUCUGAUUCAGGCAUCCUGCACCUGGGAAGGCUGCUUUGCUUCUCCACUAUGAGCACCACUGGUCUCUGAUACACUGCUGAGGCCUGCCUUCCUUCUGACCCUGAAGCUGGAGGGCUACCUAGAGAGAACGGCGAGUCUAGCUCUGUGGGCAUGUUCAUGGCAGUACCUGGGUCUCUGUCAUCUGCUUGGAGAUGUUUUUUCCUAGUUGCAUGGAGUUUAUUCUCAUGAUUGUGGCUAAGUGUCAAAAUAUAUUUAGUUGCACUGUUCUUCGCUAAAAGUGAGGAGAAACCUUGGGAAAGGAUAAUAUUGUCCUGAGAUGAUGCAAGUAGUAGGCAGUUUGAAAAUGGAAAUGGCCAGCAUGUGGGAUACUGGACCUCGAUAACACAGAAGAAGGCAUAUCCAUGUUUCUCUUAUUUUCUUAGCCUUACUGCCUUUAUUGAGGUUGGGGGAAGAGCAUACACAGUUUGAUCUUCCAGCUCUUUUUCAGCCCCACCAACAUCCUACUAACAUGAGCAAGUCCAGAUGAGCUUCAAAGAGUGUCAAACUCAGGAAAAUGUGGCCAAAAUCUACAUUCCCUUUUUUUUUUGCGUUAACUCCACUGUUUCAUUCAAUGCUUAUCUCCAAUGCCUGGAUCAAUGCCUGCUGCAUGGAAGGCACUCAGUACACCUUUUUAAAAAAUAAGUGAGUGAAUGAACAAAUGAAUAAAUGAGAAAGUCUCAUACGAGGGAAGAUGCUAGUUCAAUGAGCUGAGUACUGGGCUGAAUAUAAAUAUCUUCCAACCGUCACUUUUCUGUUCUCAAGCUGCCCUACUGGGAUAGGAGCACAUAUCUGGGCAGUCUAGGACACCAUGGUGAAGUUGUGAUGUCUUCCAGAGGGAGAAGGGCAAGAAAUAUGCCUGCUGAAGGGACUCUCCUGCCAAUAAUCCUCAGUUCUCCUCUGCAAAGGACACUGGAAACUAAAACCACCAAAUACGAUAUAGGUCGUGGCACAGCCAUCCUUCAGUUCAGCAGCAAUAUCCUCUGGUGACAACUAGUUUGUGUUAAAAUACGAUGAAUGGAAAGAAAUGGUGCUAGAGCUAAUGACACCUGUUACCAGCCUGUCCCCCAUGCCUGGGCCGGCAUGCAGCUGGCCAAAGUGCUUCUGACUCUCACUCCCAAGCCUGUGGACCCUUCUAACCCCGGGGGUGGAGGUACUGUUAAUACUGUAAGAUUGGAGGCCAUCACCACAUGACACCUGUUCUCUCCUCCUGCUGUCCUCCCAGCAGCUGUUCCCAAUCCUGGGUCCUUGAUUGCUGUGUACCGUGUGGAUGUUCUGCACUCGAUGGGCUCAAAAGGAAUUUUAAGGACUGAUUUUUUUGGUAAAACUUUUACUUGAGAUCUUAUGUUAUCCAUAAUAGAACGUCAUUGGGUUUUCUUAUUCUGUACAGGAAUGUAAACAGAUUCACAGGCUGUCACUAGAAGUAUGAACAGUGUUUCUUUCUGACUUGGUUUACCUAUGGUUUUGUUUAUUUAAUUUCCUUUUUACUACCUGAUUAUUCCAGAUGUAGGGGACAAAAAAUUAAAUUUAUCUUUGAAAAUGUGUCAGCCGUGAGUAUGGGGUUUUCAUUUGGGAGAUGAAAAGGUUUUGCAAUUGGAUAGUAGUGAUGGUUGUACAACAUCAUGAAUGCACUUAAUGCCUCUGAAUUGUACUUUAAAUGAUUCAAAUGAUAAAUUUUACAUUGUAUAGUUUUUAACCACAAUUUCAAAGCUAUGUUGGUCUGUUUUGUGUCAUGUGAAUUUUAACUGAAAAAAUCUAUUAAAUAAAUAUAACAAAAAAUA